AUGAGCCACCCUUCUCCCCAGAAGAACGGCGGCAAUAAUGUUCCCCCUCCAAGACAAAUCCGCUUCGUUUCAACUGAUGGGCAGCCCCAAACUAAGCGGCGACGAGUUAAUGCGGCAUGUCUGACGUGUCGCAAGCGCAAAAUCCGUUGCUCCGGCGAACAACCAGUGUGCAAAACAUGUUCCGAUUACAACCACAUCUGUCAAGGGUACAGCGAACCGUCUGCCCACGCCCGGUCACAAUCCGACGCGGCAUCACGAACUCCUACAAUUGCCCCUCUACCACCUCCCAGUGAUGCGACUGCCUUGCGCGCGGCGCGAAAGGCCGCAAGUCGCUCCCCUAAUUCUCCGCGCCGAACCAUAGUACCUAUUACUGACGGUGCUGAUAAGCCUUCCGAAGCACUCAAACUGCUGGAGCCAAAGAAGGAACCCCUGCCGACAGACACAUCUUCGCGGACAACAAAAGAACUCGAGCAACAGAACAACGGGGCCAGUCCAGAAAGCAAUCGCACCUCGCUAAGUUCCAGCGCACGCACUCAUGUGCCCUACUUUAGGUAUUUUGGGCCAACAGCUAUUGUCCCUGGCUUUAAACAGAUGGUCGUCCAGGUGCGAGGAUCACGCAAGAGCAAUCCGUCACUGUCAUCAGAGUCUCUGUCUCCCCUUCGUAGUCCCAAAUUCGCAGAUGCAGGCAUGAACAACGUCAGCACAUUACCCGAUACCAGAGACACCCGUGAUUACAACAACAUUCCGUUCUAUGAUCGCGAUGAUUCCCUUUCUGUCAGCAACUUAGUGAUGCACCUAUGUGAUCUAUUCUUCGUGCAUCUCGGGUGCAGUUUUCCGUUCCUGCAGCGAGACAGGUUUCUGCGCGACCUGAAAGACAAAAGGGUAGACACCAUGCUUGUGGACGCCGUUUGUGCAUUGUCCGCAAGAUUCUCCCCGCACCCACUGUUGAGUCCGCCUCAAGCUCCAACCAUCGAUGGCUCUGAGCCGCAGAUCGAUUUGAAAAAGUCCACUCGCGGGCAACCAUUUGCCCACAGAGCCAUGAGCGCCCUAGUUGAUACCCUCUCGUGCCCUACGCUUUCCGGAGUGCAAGCGUGUCUAUUGCUUGCUUAUGACGAGUUCGGCUCGAACCAUGACAGUGGGCUUUGGAUGUACCUAGGCAUUUCCAUACGGAUGGCCCAAGAUCUGGGAAUGCAGAAGGUUCAGGGUUUAGAGUAUAAUUAUGGCCUGAGCGGGGUCACUCCAAAUGCAGUGAUGACUGGGCAGGCUGGCAAGUUGAGAGAUGACCAGUAUGAUGAGCCUCAAAUUUCCCCAGGCUCCGUCCGAGAUAUGCAAGACACCGAAAGCCGACGAGCUCGGGAGCGUGAACGGGUUGACAGCUUCUGGAGUAUCUUCUUCCUUGACCGAGUGAUUUCGUCUGGAACAGGUAGACCAGUGACCUUACGCGACGAGGACAUAGAGCUUUGCUUUCCACUUCAGUCCGAGUCCCGAUUGGCAAAUGGAUGGCCCGCACCGUUCCCGCCGCUUAUCCGUAUAAUCCACUUGUACGGAAGAGUGACGGAUCUUAUCAACGGCAUACAAGAUGUCAAUCAUGUAACAUCAGAAACACUGAAAAUGCUGGCCGGUAUGGAGAGUGAUUUGACAGGCAUAUACCAGCGCCUGUCGCCUCGACUCCACUUCAAUGCGGCAAAUUUUCAGGCGUACGUCAAGGCGAAGGAAGGAACCAAUUUUAUCCUCCUUCACUUUUGGUUUCAUACGCUGAUCGUCCUGCUUCACCAACCUACGCUUUUGAACUCCUUCGGGGGGACCAUUCAACACCUCUAUCCAAACAGCAGGGAACUGUCGAUGUCUUCCGCUAAAACUAUCGCCGAUAUACUGUCUUUCUCUGAGCUCGUAGACGGGAAAAGUUUCAUCGGCAACCCUUUCACAAGUCAGCCAAUGUACAUUGCCGCAUGUGCUUUCCUGAUGGAGAGUGCUUAUUAUUCGUCACCCUCUUCAAGAUCUGGCUCGCCUCCAACGCAGCCAUUGCUGGCAAACCAAUCUAGUGGAUUUGUGAUGCCGAAUAUGGAUCCUUCAAGUGGAACUGAUCGGAAGCCGACCGCCAAACACAUACUUCUUGCAUCGGCCGCAAAGGAGAAUUACCAACGGUGCUACAAAGCGUUAAAGGCACUCGAGACGUAUUGGGAGGGCACCAAAUAUAUUCUUACGGUAUUAGAUCAAAAAGCCAAGGGAAUCGUUGAUCCGCUCCUGUAUACUACUGAGGAGAUGGAGUGUGCAGUCGAAGUGUCUGCUGUCCAACCAUUUACUGCGCCCCCUUGGCGGCGUACGCAACCCUCCUUGCCCGCUUCAGGCGAAGGAGAACGUCCAGCAGAUGUCCAUACGCAUUCGGACGGAGCACGGUCACCAAAGAUUGACCCAAGUCAAGCUAUUGGGUGGGCGUUGACGGGUGCAACCAAUUCGUCUCAACCAAACCUGAGCCUUCUGUAUCAGCUACCCGCCCAGGCCGAGCCCGUAUCAGACAAGCCAACAUACUCAUCCCAGUAUAGCCAUAGCUACCCUCACCUUCCCGUACAAUCUGGUGAUAAUCAAAACCCGAACUCUUAUUCACAGCCUCUGGAGCCAUCCAGAAAUAGAGGGACUACGACGAGCACAUCGAUGGCACCCGGCCCGGAAAGAUUCUCGCCUCUUGCAUCCUCUGGACAAGUCACAACUUCUGACGCCAAUUUGCUCCUUGGCUUAAAUACUUCAUUCCCAAGUCCCGCCUCCCGACCCCCAAACACGCGACCAGCGUACAAUCAUCCUUCUUCUAGGUUCGAAUCUCAGGCGCCUAGCUUUAACUAUAGCUUACCUGCUGGCAGCGACCAGCAACCUGGGGACGGCCAGAUGAACGCACGGACAGUUCUCCACCCUGCUGUGGGUUCUCAUGCAGGGGACGUAUUUAUUCAGAGUCAAGACAUUGACAUGGCCACGCUUCAACAACAAGAUCAGCUCCCCUUCACUUUCAGUGGAGAAAUCCUUCCAUGGCUAGAAUAUCUGCCGCAAGACGUUCUUAAUUAUUUUGGGGAGCAUCAAAAUUACCCUGCCCUGAUGAGUCCUCAUGAUGAGACGCCACAAGCUCCCCAUUGA